CCCCGGCCCGGUUCCUUUUCUGCUCGCCGACGUAGUCACCCCACUUUCCACCAACCCCCGUCCACCUCUCCCCACCCACUCUGCCGACUCUUGCUCCUCGCCGGCUCGACUCUGCUCGGGGGAAAAAACUUAAAAGCGCCAGCUCGGAGGCUCCCAGUCCUGGCCGGGGAUUUCAGACUAGACGCUUGAAGAAAAGCUGCCAUCCAAGAAGACGACAUGCUUUCAGCAACCCCCCUGUAUGGGAACGUUCACAGCUGGAUGAACAGCGAGAGGGUCCGCAUGUGUGGGAUCAACGAAGACAGGAAAAUUCCUGUAAACGAUGGUGAUGCUUCAAAGGGCAGACUGGAACUAAGGGAAGAAAAUCCCUUGAACCACAACGUGGUGGACGCAACUACGGCCCAUAGGAUUGAUGGCCUGGCAGGACUGAGCAUGGACCGCACUGGCCUGAUCCGAGAAGGGCUGCGUGUCCCUGGAAACAUCGUCUAUUCUAGCUUGUGUGGACUGGGUUCAGAGAAAGGUCGGGAGGCUGCCACAAGCACUCUAGGUGGUCUUGGGUUUUCUUCUGAGAGAAAUCCAGAGAUACAGUUCAAACCCAAUACACCCGAGGCAGUGGAGGCCUCCGCUGUCUCUGGAAAAGCCCCAAAUGGCUUCAGUGCUAUAUAUAAAACACCGCCUGGAAUACAAAAAAGUGCUGUCCCUACAGCAGAAACAUUGGGCUUGGACAGGCCUUCCGGUGACAAACAGAGCCCGCUCAACAUCAAUGGUGCUAGUUACCUGCGGCUGCCCUGGGUCAGUCCUUACAUGGAAGGUGCCACACCAGCCAUCUACCCUUUCCUUGACUCGCCAAAUAAGUACUCACUGAACAUGUACAAGGCCUUGCUACCUCAGCAGUCCUACAGCUUGGCCCAGCCACUGUAUUCUCCGGUCUGCACCAACGGGGAGCGCUUUCUCUACCUGCCGCCACCUCACUACGUCAGUCCCCACAUCCCGUCUUCCCUGGCUUCGCCCAUGAGGCUGUCAACACCCUCCGCCUCCCCAGCCAUCCCACCCUUGGUCCACUGCCCAGACAAGAACCUGCCCUGGAAGAUGGGUGUCAGCCCCGGGAACCCUGUCGAGUCCCAUGCCUACCCUCACAUCCAGAACAGUAAACAGUCUAGGGUCCCCUCUGCCAAGGCGGUCACCAGUGGCCUGCCUGGGGACACAGCUCUCCUCUUGCCCCCCUCUCCUCGGCCUUCACCCCGAGUCCACCUUCCCUCCCAGCCCACUACAGACACCUACUCGGAAUUCCAUAAGCACUACGCCCGGAUCUCCACUUCUCCCUCAGUCACCCUGUCGAAGCCAUACAUGACAGUCAGCAGCGAGUUCCCCGGGGCCAGACUCUCUAAUGGCAAGUAUCCAAAGGCUCCUGAAGGGGCUGACGGUGCCCAGCCAGUUCCUGGGCACACCCGGAAAACAGUGGGUCAAGACAGAAAAGAUGGCAGUUCGCCGCCUCUGUUGGAGAAGCAGACGGUUACCAAAGACGUCACCGACAAGCCACUAGACUUGUCCUCCAAAGUGGUGGAUGUCGAUGCUUCCAAAGCUGACCACAUGAAAAAGAUGGCCCCCACGGUGCUGGUCCACAGCAGAGCUGGAAGCGGCUUGGUGCUCUCCGGAAGUGAGCUGCCGAAAGAAACAUCUCCUCCAGGAAACGGCUGUGCUAUCUAUAGAUCUGAAAUCAUUAGCACUGCUCCCUCGUCCUGGGUGGUGCCUGGGCCAAGUCCUAAUGAAGAAAGCAAUGGCAAAAGCUUGCCGCUGAAAAACAAGGCCUUGGACUGGGCGAUACCCCAGCAGCGGAGUUCGUCGUGCCCCCGCAUGGGUGGCACAGAUGCCGUGGUCACUAAUGUUUCAGGAUCAGUGUCAAGUGCUGGCCGCCCGGCCUCAGCAUCACCAGCCCCCAACGCCAACGCUGAUGGCAGCAAGACCAGCAGGAGUUCUGUGGACACCACACCAUCCGUCAUUCAGCACGUGGGCCAGCCCCCCACCACGCCCGCCAAGCACAGCGGCGGCACCAGCAGCAAGGGCGCCAAAGCCAGCAACCCAGAACCGAGCUUCAAAGCAAACGAGAAUGGCCUCCCGCCAAGCUCAAUAUUUCUGUCUCCAAAUGAGGCGUUCAGGUCCCCACCUAUUCCUUACCCCCGGAGUUACCUCCCGUACCCAGCGCCCGAGGGCAUCGCUAUCAGUCCGCUCUCCUUACAUGGCAAGGGACCUGUCUACCCUCACCCGGUUUUGUUGCCCAAUGGCAGUCUCUUCCCUGGCCAUCUCGCCCCCAAGCCCGGACUGCCCUAUGGGCUGCCCACGGGCCGGCCGGAGUUUGUGACCUACCAAGAUGCACUGGGGUUGGGCAUGGUGCACCCCAUGUUGAUACCUCACACGCCCAUCGAGAUCACUAAAGAAGAGAAACCAGAGAGAAGGUCCCGAUCCCACGAGAGAGCCCGCUACGAGGACCCGACCCUCCGCAACCGCUUUUCCGAGAUGUUGGAAGCUGGCGGCACCAAGUUGCAUCCGGAAGUCCCUGCCGAGAAGAACCUAAAGCCGAGCCCCAGCUGGAAUGCAGGGAAAACUGCCCUCAAAAGCGACAAGCUUGUCUAUGUCGAUCUCCUCCGGGAAGAGCCAGAUGCUAAAACUGACCCAAACGUGUCCAAACCUGGCUUCACAGCAGAGAGCGUGAGCCAGAGCACGGAGCCCAGCAAGCCCCCAACCGACCCGGCCCUGCAGCCGCACCGAGAUUUCCUCGCCCUCCGGGAAGAGUUGGGGCGCAUCAGUGACUUCCACGAAAAUUACACUUUCAAACAGGCUCCAGGCCAGUCGGUCUUCAGCCUGAGCAAGGAGAGUGUUCCCGCGGGGACCAACAAGGAGAACCUGGGGGUGCCAGUCUCAACUCCGUUCCUGGAGCCCACUCUGGGGAGCGAUGGCCCCGCUGUAACUUUUGGUAAAACCCAAGAGGAUCCCAAACCAUUUUGUGUGGGCGGUGCCCCACCGAGUGUGGACGUCACCCCCACCUAUACCAAAGAUGGAGCUGAUGAGGCAGAGUCUAAUGAUGGCAAAGUUCUGAAACCGAAGCCAUCUAAGCUGGCAAAGAGAAUCGCAAACUCCGCUGGUUACGUGGGGGACCGAUUCAAGUGUGUCACUACUGAACUGUACGCAGAUUCCAGUCAGCUCAGCCGGGAGCAGCGCGCUUUGCAGAUGGAAGGAUUACAAGAGGACAGUAUUUUAUGUCUACCCGCUGCUUACUGUGAGCGUGCAAUGAUGCGCUUCUCAGAGUUGGAGAUGAAAGAACGAGAAGGUGGCCACCCAGCAACCAAAGACUCGGAGAUGUGCAAAUUCAGCCCUGCAGACUGGGAAAGGUUGAAAGGAAGCCAGGACAAAAAGCCAAAGUCGGUCACCCUGGAGGAGACCAUUGCAGACCAGAAUGAUGGCGAGUAUGGUGCUGGAAAUAAACAUGAUCCCUUCGAAGCCACGGAGGACAAAGAGCUACCUGUGGAGAAGUUCUUCGUGGAGAGGCAGCCUGUGGGUGAGCUGCCUGCUGACCAGGCGCCUGCGGACAUGCCACACAGCCCUGCCCUCCGGCUGGACCGAAAGCGCAAAGUCUCAGGUGAUAGCAGCCACGCUGAGACCACCGUGGAGGAGCUGCCUGAGGACCCUCUACUGAAAGCCAAGCGAAGACGGGUCUCCAAAGGGCUCCAUCCUAAAAAGCAACGCCACUUGCUGCACCUUAGAGAACGGUGGGAACAGCAGGUGUCGGCAGCAGAGGGCAAACCUGGCCGGCAGGGCAGGAAGGAAGUGACCCAGGCUGUGCAGCCUGAGGUUGCUGCCCAGGGCAAUAACAUCACCGAAGAGAAGCCUGGCAAGAAAAGGGCAGAGGCGAAAGGCAACAGAAGCUGGUCAGAAGAGUCUUUCAAACCCAGCGACAAUGAACCAGGCUUGCCUGUGUUCUCCGGCUCUCCGCCCAUGAAGAGCCUUUCAUCCACCAAUGCAAGCAGCAAAAAGCAGACUCAGCCAAGCUGCACACCAGCCUCGAGGCCGCCUGCCAAACAGCAGAAAAUUAAAGAAAAUCAGAAGACAGAUGUGCUGUGUGCAGACGAAGAAGACGAUUGCCAGGCUGCCUCCCUGCUGCAGAAAUACACCGACAACAGCGAGAAACCAUCCGGGAAGAGACUGUGCAAAACCAAGCACUUGGUCCCGCAGGAGUCCAGGCGGGGCUUGUCACUGCCUGGGGACUACUACGUGGAGAAUGCCGAUGGCAAGGUGACCUUCCGGAGAUUCAGAAAGCGGCCCGAGCCCAGCUCCGACUAUGAUCUGUCGCCAGCCAAGCAGGACCAGAAGCCCUUCGACCGUUUGCAGCAAUUGCUACCGGCUUCUCAGCCCUCACAGCUGCCACGCUCAAGCUCCCCUCCGGAGACCACGCAGUCGCGCCCGAUGCCGCCGGAAGCCCGGAGACUCAUUGUCAAUAAGAACGCUGGUGAGACCCUCCUGCAGCGUGCUGCCCGCCUGGGCUACGAGGAAGUGGUCUUAUACUGCCUGGAGAACAAGAUCUGUGACGUUAACCAUCGAGACAACGCAGGUUACUGCGCCCUCCAUGAAGCUUGUGCGAGGGGGUGGCUCAACAUCGUGCGGCACCUCCUCGAAUAUGGCGCUGAUGUCAACUGCAGUGCCCAGGAUGGAACCAGGCCUCUCCAUGAUGCUGUUGAGAAUGAUCACUUGGAAAUUGUCCGCUUGCUCCUCUCCUAUGGUGCUGACCCCACUUUAGCUACGUACUCAGGUAGAACCAUAAUGAAAAUGACCCACAGCGAACUUAUGGAAAAGUUUUUAACAGAUUAUUUGAAUGACCUACAGGGUCGCAGUGACGAUGACUCCAAUGGCUCCUGGGAGUUCUACGGCAGCUCUGUGUGCGAGCCCGAUGAUGAAAGUGGAUAUGAUGUCUUAGCAAAUCCCCCAGGACCAGAGGACCAGGAUGAUGACGACGAGACCUACAGCGAUGUGUUUGAAUUUGAAUUUUCCGAAAGCCCCCUCUUGCCUUGUUACAAUGUCCAAGUGUCCGUCGCUCAGGGGCCCCGAAACUGGCUGUUGCUUUCAGAUGUGCUGAAGAAAUUAAAGAUGUCCUCCCGCAUAUUCCGCUGCAAUUUCCCGAAUGUGGAAAUUGUCACGAUCGCUGAGGCAGAGUUUUACCGACAAGUUUCAGCAAGUCUCUUGUUCUCAUGCCCCAAAGACCUGGAAGCCUUUAACCCCGAGAGCAAGGAGCUGUUAGAUCUGGUUGAGUUCACCAGCGAGCUGCAGACUCUGCUGGGCUCCUCUGUGGAGUGGCUCCACCCCAGUGAUAUGGUCUCGGACGACUACUGGUGAGCUCGCCAGGCCAGCCGUGUACAGUGUGUCAUAGUGUUAAUCCUUGUGCAUAUGUGUCAUAAUACGACUAUUUCUGUAAAGAAAGGACACUAUUACAUAUGAAAAUAUCUCUUCUUUAUAUAAGAGAAAUGACUCCAGUUGGAAGGACUUAGAAACAUGUUUUUUUCUUUUUAAACUUUUCAGUCAGUUUUUAUGAAGUUGUUAUAAUGUUUCUUUACUUUGAUGCACACAUACUUUGGGAUAUGUUUGUUUUUACUUGGGACAUUUGUUUCUUUUCUUUUUUUAAGGAGAAAAAAAAAUUUGAGAAAAAGGAGCUCCACUCUGUGACUUAAUUUCAUACACAGCUCCAGUGACAGAGGCUGUAACUGUAACUGAGUGUUCAGAACCAGGUGUGGUUGGUUUGGGGGAGUGAAUUGGGUGAAGGCACUUGGCGAUGUUGUAACUUUAUGUUUUGUUUACAGAGUACCUGCUCGGGCCAGGUAAUGCUAUUGGAUGUAAUCCAGUAGCGUGUAAUAUAAAUUCAAACCAUAUCCACACACAACAACUAAUUGUAUGAAACUUUUAUAUCCUAAUUUAAAAGCUGUGAAAUUAGUUUUCACGCAUCAAACCGGAUUGUUUAUAUGUUUAAACAUUUUAUGCUCUUAUUUAAAGAAGACUUUGAGCUAUUUUUUUCUGUACCCUGUAAAAUAUUGAAAACUAACAUAAUAUGUUGAGGUUGCUUGAAAAAUGUACAUAAGACUAAAAUUUUCUGAAUUGUGUGUUUAUGUUUGAAAUCUGUGUUUUAACUUUGUAAGUAAAUUCUCUGCCUUUGUAUUUAUAUUUUACAAAAAUUUUCUUAAAGGCAAUAAACCUGUUGAGGAAAGGAGAAAA